AUGAAUAUAUCAACUUAAAGUAUUCGAUCAAGAAGCAAAAGGACUUGGAGUAAUUCAAGGUAUAUUGAUAAUCAUUAUGAUUCUAAAUUACAUUCAACUCCAUUUCUUCCUUGUGGGUUAAAGUAAUGAAGAUUUAAUUACUAGUGAUUCUAAAUAAAUUGUAUAUAGUGAUAUUGGAUUGAGUGAAGUUAGAACCAAUUGCACCAAACUUAAAAAUUUCUAAGAUCUAGAACAACGUAAUGUAUCCAUCAAAGAGAUUAUGAUCAAACAAGGUAAUUGGAGGUCCUUUAUCGAAUUUUAAGAUAAAUUAGAUGAAAUGGUUGUUACUAUAGAAUAUUGGUAUAUAUAAUCAUAUUCAUUUAUAAUUUAAUAGCACAAAUUGCAAAGAACAUUAGCGAUCGACUCGUCAUAAUGAAGAACAAUAUUAUUCCUACGCUUUACUUAUGAAAUAAUCUAUUUUGCUAAAUUAUCCAGACAUCAAAGUUUAUCUUAAGCCAUUAGUUUUUGAAAAUGAUAAAACUAUAAAUUCCCUCUUUCUUUAGAGACGUAUUGGAGCUUUCGAAGUCCAAUUUUAAUUAAAUGGUUAACAAUCAUAAUUGUUUAGUAAGUUGCAAUCUAAGUCUUGGCCAAACGUUAAUGACAUUCUCAAAGCUAUUCAUCAACAAUUUCGAAAAACUAAUCUAUUAAUUUAAUUGGUCUUUAAUGAUGGUGAUACUAACUUAAAAGGAAUUAAUGUGACAAUGUAAUCUUUUCAAAACAAAUAGCUUACAUCAAGUUAACAUUUACGUCCAUAAAGUAAAUUAUCAGAGAAUAGAUCAAGUAAAUCAUCUUCAUUUCAUAGACAAAGGGCCUUAUCUUAACAAAGCAAUAUUAUCAGAUAUAGUGAAAAAUCUGAUUCUUAAGGUAGGGUAUUAUUUCUCAAUAUUCCUAUUGAUCGAUACGAAAUUUUAAUUCAAGAAUCUACCAAUAAUUUAUCUUUAAAUGAAAUAGUAACUUUGUAAGAAUUAGUAAGAACAGAAGGAGCAUAUCAUCAAAUUAAAUUAAUCAAACCUAAACUAGCAUUAUUAACAGUUGAAGUAGUUGGACCACAUCACGAAACAGAUGUGAUAAUUCCUUUUACUGAUACUCAAGUUAAUGUUAUUCAGAAUUAAGAAAGAAUGUUACUUAAAGAAAUCUCUGAAAAUUCAGGAAUAUAUUAAGGAUUUCUUGAACCAGGUAUAUACACUCUUAUUGUAAGUAAAUAUGGCUUUGAAUAAGUUUCAUAAUUUAUAGAAUUGCAUGGAGGAAAUAACGACAUAAAAAUAUAAAUAAUAAAUAAAACCACAGAAAUCUCUACACUUCUCAAUCAAAACUCUAAUUAAACAAUAAUCAAUUCAAGUUUCAUAUAUAAGAAAAAAAAAACGAUUAAACCACCAUAAUAAGUUAAUUUAAAAAUUUUAUCCCUUCUAGAAGUUGGCUAAAUGUACGUUGUUGAUUAUUUUACAGAUUCGAUUAUAAUUAAAGCUUAAAUUGUCAUAACUGAUUCUAUUUCCAAUAAAAUAAUCACUUGUACAACUAAUAAUUCUGGUCAUGCAAAAUUAUUAUUCAAUCACUUAAAUAAAGGAUCUAUCAAAGUAGAACAUGAAUAAUAUUACACCCUUGAUAUCAAUUAUGGAAUUAAUGAAGAAGUAGAUUUAAAAAGUUCUAGAAAUAUUUUUAAACUGAUCAAAAAAACUAAAAUUUUAUCCAUCAUUUCAGAUAAUUCUAUUGAUAUCUACUUAAAUAAUUAAAAAAUUAGAAAAAAAUAAAAUUAAUAAAACAUUUGUUUUUUUGAAAUUUAUAGCGAUUGCCCUUAAUUAAUAUAUGUAAUCAUUGAGAAUUUAAAAUUAUAAGAAUUGAUUUUAAAAAUCCUCUUAUAAGAUGAAAUAAUCACUAUCAAAUAACCUGAUAUAGAUCUUUUAACUUUUCCAUAAUUUUGGAUUCUUGGUAUAUGUGGUAAAUAAGAUUGUUAAUUAUUUCUCAUAAAUUAAAUUAUCUCGCAUAUAGAAUUUAGAAAUUUUUAUGAUGAUAUAGAGAAACAUGAUUAAAGAAUUACUAAAGUUUUUAAUUCUGAAUGCUAUUAAAUUGAUUAAAAGUUAAUUUGGAAGAAUCAAGUUAUUGAAAUUGGUAAAUUACAAAUUGUUGAUGUAAUUCCAAAUUUUGAUGAAUAACCUAUCAUAUUUACAAAUCAAAAUGCAAUUCUCGAAGGUCAUCCAAUAUAAUUGGGAACUUUUUAAUAAGAGUAACAAUGUAAUAUUAUAUUGAUGAAUUAAUAAGUUAUGCAAUAACAACCAUUCAAAAAUAAUAAUAAUUAGAUCAUAAAAGCAUAAAUGAUUCAUAAAGAUAUUUAUAUAUAUUUUGAAAAAUGUGGGUUUGUUGCAAUUUAUGAUGUUUCAUUGAAAUAAAAAGGAUAUGNAUACACUCUUAUUGUAAGUAAAUAUGGCUUUGAAUAAGUUUCAUAAUUUAUAGAAUUGCAUGGAGGAAAUAACGACAUAAAAAUAUAAAUAAUAAAUAAAACCACAGAAAUCUCUACACUUCUCAAUCAAAACUCUAAUUAAACAAUAAUCAAUUCAAGUUUCAUAUAUAAGAAAAAAAAAACGAUUAAACCACCAUAAUAAGUUAAUUUAAAAAUUUUAUCCCUUCUAGAAGUUGGCUAAAUGUACGUUGUUGAUUAUUUUACAGAUUCGAUUAUAAUUAAAGCUUAAAUUGUCAUAACUGAUUCUAUUUCCAAUAAAAUAAUCACUUGUACAACUAAUAAUUCUGGUCAUGCAAAAUUAUUAUUCAAUCACUUAAAUAAAGGAUCUAUCAAAGUAGAACAUGAAUAAUAUUACACCCUUGAUAUCAAUUAUGGAAUUAAUGAAGAAGUAGAUUUAAAAAGUUCUAGAAAUAUUUUUAAACUGAUCAAAAAAACUAAAAUUUUAUCCAUCAUUUCAGAUAAUUCUAUUGAUAUCUACUUAAAUAAUUAAAAAAUUAGAAAAAAAUAAAAUUAAUAAAACAUUUGUUUUUUUGAAAUUUAUAGCGAUUGCCCUUAAUUAAUAUAUGUAAUCAUUGAGAAUUUAAAAUUAUAAGAAUUGAUUUUAAAAAUCCUCUUAUAAGAUGAAAUAAUCACUAUCAAAUAACCUGAUAUAGAUCUUUUAACUUUUCCAUAAUUUUGGAUUCUUGGUAUAUGUGGUAAAUAAGAUUGUUAAUUAUUUCUCAUAAAUUAAAUUAUCUCGCAUAUAGAAUUUAGAAAUUUUUAUGAUGAUAUAGAGAAACAUGAUUAAAGAAUUACUAAAGUUUUUAAUUCUGAAUGCUAUUAAAUUGAUUAAAAGUUAAUUUGGAAGAAUCAAGUUAUUGAAAUUGGUAAAUUACAAAUUGUUGAUGUAAUUCCAAAUUUUGAUGAAUAACCUAUCAUAUUUACAAAUCAAAAUGCAAUUCUCGAAGGUCAUCCAAUAUAAUUGGGAACUUUUUAAUAAGAGUAACAAUGUAAUAUUAUAUUGAUGAAUUAAUAAGUUAUGCAAUAACAACCAUUCAAAAAUAAUAAUAAUUAGAUCAUAAAAGCAUAAAUGAUUCAUAAAGAUAUUUAUAUAUAUUUUGAAAAAUGUGGGUUUGUUGCAAUUUAUGAUGUUUCAUUGAAAUAAAAAGGAUAUGCAAAAUUAGAUUGUUAUCAUUGCCAAGAUUUUGAAUCCACUCAAUUAAUUUCUAUUGGAUAAUCUUAUUUGACAUUAUUUUAAUUAUAGAUCACUCCUAUUAAUGUAUAGUUUUAAUUAAAAAAAUAAAGUAUUAGCCAUAAUAAAGUUAAGAUAAGCUAAAACAAUUUGGAGUAAUAAACACUACUUUUUGGAAGAGAAGAUGGAGUAUUAUCAAUAUAUAAACAUACAUUGGAAGAAGUUGAUCAUAUAAAAUUGUCAAUGGAUCCAAUAUAAUAAAUCCUUCUUUUCAAAAAUCAAAUUUAUGUUAGGGAUAAUUAGAUAAUAUAUUUACUUGAAUAAGAUUUAGAUAAGAAAUAUAAUCUCAAAAAUUAAAUAUAGAUUUUAAGAAAAUAAAUGUAUUUCAUAUUUAUUUGUUAGUUUAUAUAUAAAUCCUUAAGGAUUGUGCUUAUAAGUAUUAACCAAUAACCAAUUAUUGUUUUAUAAUGAUAUUUCAACACAUAAGAAAUAUCAUUAAGAAAUUGAUCAUUCAAGACUAAUUUUGAUUGGAUCAACAAACUCCUAUGUUCCGAAAUGUUUUUAUAAAAGUAAUUAAAAACUAGAAUAUUAGAUAGAUAAGAAACUACAUCCUUAUUGGAAAAUGAAAUAUGGUAUGUGGAUUUAUUGGAUGAAAAUAUUAGAUUUGGAUUACAAAUUAAAGGGCAAAUAAAGAGCAUCAAAAUAUUGUUGCAAACAAAAUAUUGUGUUACAGAAAUAGGCGAUUAUAAAAUUAAGAGAAGUAAAGGUUUUUGGAUGCUGGGAUUAUUAAUUUUUUAAAAUGAAGAACAUUUUAUUCAUAUGAUUGAAAAUCAGUUUAAAGAUGAAUAGCAAUUCCAAUAUGAAAUUUAAGUUGAAACAGAAAAUUCAUCAAUAUUAAAUGAAAAUCUAUUUAUCUACUCAAAUGAAUAAGGUUUCUCUACAAUAAACACUAUCACAACUUAACGAAUAUAAAAUAUUCAAAUAGAAAGUAAGAUAACUUUGUUAAAGUUAUGUAACAACAUAUUAAUAAUUGGUUUAGAAAACGGAAUAGUAUAAUUGUAUACAAUGGAAUCCUAAUAAAUAUAUUAUAAAUAUUAGCAAUUAUAAAUAAAUGAAAAAAGUAUCAUAGACGCUUAAAUCAUGGAAUCAUCAUUAAUGAUAUCGACAGAAGAUAAAAAGUUAAUUAUGUUAAGUAUUUCAAAUGAAUACAAAGUUGAAUAUCAAGUAAUUAAGUUAUUAUUAAUUUAGGAAAGCUUUGAUAAAUCAUAUAUUAACAAUAUAAUAUUGUAUACUAAAAAUUAGAUGAUAACAACAUAAGUAGAUGGAAGAAUGAGAUUAUGGAAACGAGAAAAAUCUGGAUAACAAUUUACAUUAAAUUAAACUCGUACAAUUUAAGCAAUGAAAUAAAUAUCUAAAAUAGUGUAAAUACCUUGGGAAACUUAAAAUGUUUUAGUUGGUGGUGAUAAUUUAGUAUUGAUUAAUGCUGAGAAUGGAAAACAAAUAAAAUAAUACACAAAUAAUAAUUUUCAAUAAAAUAAAAUAAUAUGUAUUUAAUGUAUUUGGAAUAACAUCAUAAUAAGUGGAAGUUCUAAUGGCUAAAUUGUUAAAUAAAAUUAGUAAAUUAUUUUCAUAUAUUAUAGUGGCAAUGGAGAAUUACUAUAAGUAAUAAUGAUAGAUGAAGGAGUGAAAAAUCUAUUUGCAAACAAUCAAUAUUUCUUAAUCCACAGUACCAAGAAACUUUAUAUAUAAUGAAUUAUU